CCUUGAACUAUUACGGAAAACUGUAUAAAAAUUCACCAUGACAAAACUAUUAUGUCAGAGCCCCAAUUUUCGUGAAAGCCUGACCUUGUCUCGCUAUCAGGAACGAACUCAGCAGUAUAUCGGUGAACGCGGCUGAGUGCGCGCGCGGAUUUUGAAACAUGGCAUCAUUAGCUGUCUUUGAUUUCGACCGUACGAUUGUUAACGACGAUUCCGAUGCGACGAUUAUUAAUAGAUUACGCGAAAAAAAACCGCCACCCGAAUGGGAAGCUGGCAGUCAUGACUGGACUCCAUACAUGAGUAACGUGUUCGAACACGCGUACUCCGCUGGAUUACAUCCGGACGACAUCCUGGACAGCAUAGCCUCCAUGCUCCCCAACCCUGGCAUCGUCGAGUUGAUCACAACCCUCCAUGAAGAAGGAUGGGACGUGCUCGUGCUGACUGAUGCGAACAGUGUAUUCGUCAAACACUGGCUAAAAGAGCACGGGUUACAAGAUGCAGUAAAAGAAGUCGUAACAAACCGGGCGUUUUGGAAGAACGAUCGUCUAUACAUCGAACCCUGCAUGCACCAGACGUCUUGCCCGAGAUGUCCGAGUAACUUGUGCAAGUCGCUCGCCCUAGCGCAGUGGUGCGAUUCGAAGAACUACCAGCGAUACAUUUACAGCGGGGACGGCAGGAACGAUUACUGCCCAGCGACGAAUUUGCCGGCAAAUGCGAUCGUAUUUCCUCGUCGAGGCUUCCCCAUGUACGACCUCAUCAAGAAGACCAUGUCGUCUAUCAACCCUCAGAUAAAAGCCAAGGUCGUGCCCUGGGACGACGGUUUCACGAUAAUGGAUGAAUUGUUCCCGGGGAAGUCCCAAGUGUUUAAAAAAAGUAAAGCUUAAGGGUUUAGUAACACACAUGUAAGGAAUACUAUGUUAAUUAAAUUUUUGAGUGUUAUUUCGUUUUUAAGGGAAAAGUACUUAUAAUACUUUAGAAUAUUGAAAAAAUAAAAAGUAUUUCAGGUUUACAUAA